AUGCGCUUACGAACCCCCGCUCAACUUCGCACAAAACUUCCAGUGUUGAAAUCGAUGGUCAAAAGAUAACAGUGAAGCUGGCAAAAGUCACACUCAUUUGCAAUCGAUUGCUCACCUACGAAAACCUUGUUCUGCCAUCAGUUAGCAGGUCUGCGUCUUGCGUCAGCCAAGGGUGACCGAUUCCUCAAUGCGACUCGGAUCAACAUUUCCUCCUUGUCUAUACAUUGCGGUCUAGCCAGCAACGUUUGGGACUGGGUGCCCAGAGAGCCAUGUUGUCACACAAAGGUCGCAACGUGAUCAUCUCUUGUAAAGCAUGAGCCUCAGCAACAUUCCGACUUCCCAGCUCCCGACACGACAAGCGAGCUCAGGUAGCCUCCUCCCUCCACCUCGUCAGAUUCGCUUUGUGUCCACCGAUGGACAACCCCACACGAAAAGAAGACGCAUCAAUGCUGCGUGCUUGACAUGUCGCAGAAGGAAAACUCGGUGUUCGGGAGAGCGGCCGCAGUGUAAGACAUGCACUGAAAACGGGCACGCUUGCUCAGGCUAUAUAGAUCGUGCAGGGCAGGCAGAUGGUGAGAAGACCGAUCAUGAUGGGGAAGAGGAGGCUCCCGUCGCCAAUACCGCUAUUCAGAACCUGUCAGAAGAUGUGGAAACUCCGAUAUAUCAAAGAAGCAGUCUGGGCGGCCAGGGUGACCCUCAGCCUCAGAGUUCCACGACCAUGACGGGAUUGCAGGCGGACAAUGGCGAGGUAAAGAGCCCUGGUAGCAGUCAUACAGGCAACAGUGUCUCAUCGUCCAGGAACCGAGUGCCGUACUUUCGCUAUUUCGGUCCUACUGCGAUCGUCCCCGGUUUCAAGCAGAUGGUGGUCCAGGUCAAAGAUCACAGGCAGGGACCCCAGUCAAACUCGGUCGACUCUCCCUCGUCUGGACAACGGCUCGACUCAACGCCUGUACUUGUCCGAGAAACCGCCCCGAUUGACAUACCCUUCUACGAUGCCACCGAUCCCGAACCGAAUGCUCCCUUGAUUACUCACCUGUGCGAGACUUUCUUCAUCUAUUUGGGGUGUAACUUUCCAUUUCUGCAACGUGAGAGGUUUCUGAAGGACUUGGAAGACAAAAAAGUAGAUGCAAUUCUUGUGGACGCUGUCUGUGCUGUUGCAGCUCGGUUCUCAUCCGACACCUUGCUUUGCCAGUCAAACGACCCGUCCAUUCCCCUGGACAGCGAAAAUAAUGUUCGAAGGCCAUUCCGUGGUCUUCCCUUCGGUCAGCGAGCCAUAGCUGCAGUUAUCGACACAUUCUCAUGUCCCACUAUGGCUGUCACUCAAGCUUGUUUAUUGUUGGCUUACGAAGAGUUUGGAUUAGAUCACGACAGCGGCCUAUGGAUGUACUUGGGCACUGCAAUACGAAUGGCACAGGAUCUUGGUAUUCAGAAGCUCGACGGUCUGCAACUCGAGGGUCGCAUAGGGCCUACACCAAGUACUGCAAAACAUGGCCAAGAAGGCAAGGCCGAGGAGCAAGGACGAUUCGAGCAACAGCAGGCGCUCCUACGCGAUCUGGGUCAGCAAGAUCCUGUACAGAUGCAAGACAGAAAAGCCAAUGAGCAAGAACGCAUUGACACCUUCUGGGCCAUCUUCUUCCUCGAUCGAGCAAUCUCCUCCGGUGUUGGUCGUCCAGUAUCAUGGCGGGACAAGGAUAUUGAGAUAUCAUUCCCCCAUCGUCCUGAUGAAGCGAUAAUUGAUGGUCAUCCCGACCCUUUUCCGCCGAUGAUCAAGAUUGUACACAUGUACGGAAGGGUAGCAGAUGUACUAAACAGUAUAAAAGAAGUGAGCCAGGUAACCCCAGCAGUACUGAAGCGAUUGGCCAGCAUGGAAAAAGAUCUCACAGGCAUAUAUCAACGUCUUUCUCCUAAACUACAUUUCAAUGCGACGAAUUUCCAGCAUUAUGUCAAAUCAGGUCAUGGCACCAAUUUUGUCUUGCUCCAUUUCUGGUUCCAUACCUUGAUUGUCCUGGUUCAUCAGCCAACACUUUUGCAUUCUUUCGAAGGUCGGAUUCAGCAGCUUUUUCCAGACAGCAGGGAACUGUCAAUGUCUUCAGCCAAAACUAUCGCAGACAUUAUCGCAUUUGCGGAGCUCAUUGAUGUGAGGAGUUUUGCAGGCAAUCCUUUCACAAGUCAACCCAUGUACGUAGCUGCAUGUGCUUUUCUCGCAGAAGCUACCGCCCAUACCUCGCAACCGCCCUCUCGUACAGGGUCACCACCUUCAAGUUCCCAUGCAUCACGGGUCAAGCAAGAAGUGAACUCUCAAAAAAACACCUCGGAACAAAAGGCCGCUUCUGCUCGGCAUACACUGCUCGCAACGGCAGCCAACCAGAAUUAUCAACGCUGUUACAAAGGCCUCAAGACUUUAGAUUCUUACUGGGCCGGUUCCCGGUAUAUCCUGACUGCACUUGACGGAAAGUCAAAGGGUCUAAUGAGUCCUCUACUGUUCACGGCAGAAGAUGUUGAUGGCGAUAUGCCCUCGACUGAAAUAUCAUUUACCACGCCUGGGUGGCGGAGAACGAAUUCAUUAACCUCCUCAUUGGGAGCGUAUCGUACUGCUCUGCGCAAGCAUAUGGCUCUCUCCCCGACAAUGGAUCUCAAUCAAGUGAUUGGGUGGUCAUUAACAGGCACUGCGAAUUCACCAGCACCGAGUUUUAGCUUUCUGUAUCCCAAUAUGGGUGGUGAGAAUGGUCAGGGGGCUGUCUCGGCUAAUAAUAUGGGGGCCAGAGCAAAUGUUAUUGCUCGUCAUCAGCAGUAUGCACAUCAACAAAACGCUCAGAAUCGAGGUCAAUCAUCCUUGAACAUACAAACAUCGCCAAAUGCUCACCGCACAUUUCCGACUAUGGAACAAUCGACGGCAACCGCAAGUAACAGGACUGCAUCGUUACCUUAUGACCCUGUCUCAACCGCCGAGGCCGACCUUUUACUCGGCCUACUAAGCCCUUAUGCUGGCGAAGCAUCGAACGGCCCUAUUCCUGGGUCCGGGCCAAGGUCAAACAACGCCUUGGGUUCGCAAAGGCCACCAGUAACAUCUGCCAACCUUGAACAACAACAACAAAAUUUCGAUGGCUAUAAUCAAGAUUUCAACAACAUGUUUGUCGCGUCACAAGAUGUUGAUAUGAAUGGAGAUGCACUCGACUUUGAUUUUUCCAGCAGUGAUAUGAUUCCGUGGUUGGAAUAUUUACCACAGGAUGUACUGAAUUACUUUGGCGAUGGACAAGUUGAGCCGGAAGAAUUCCCUAAGAUGAAGUGACGACUUAGUAGUAUGUGAAGGAAACGACCAUGAAUGACUGGAGUUGUAAGCCACUUGUCUGGCAUGAGCCUUUUGGUAAAAAGACAGCCAUGAAGUAAUACAGACAGUAAAU